GUUUUUAGGUUAGUUGAUCGCGAAGUUCUCGUGGAUGUGGUCGGUGGGAGCUCCACUCAUUUCUUUACGCAAAAUUAGGUGCUUUCCCCAAGUGUCAUUUGUUUUUGCCGUCAGCAGUGGUUUUAUGUGUUGUUCUCAUAUUCUCCCGUGUGUUCGAAAAGUUGGAUCGCUCAAAUGUGGUGGCGGAGUAAUGAGAAAAGGCACUUGCCGAUCGCUGAAGGUCCCUACGCUCCAGGAUGUGUCGAUAUCAUGACAGAAUACUCAAAAGAGGGUUGUUUCGUUAGAUUUUACUAUCCAACCAACAUCCCCAUAGGUGAUAUAAAGAAAGAACAAUCAAGAUGGGUCCGAUGGAUGCCACAUCCCAACUAUGAGGAAGGUUUCGCGUCUGUAGUCAGUCUAUGGCUCUCAGUGCUCAAAUGGGCCAUCUGGUUCUUUUCCGGAGGAAAUCUGCACAUUCCUGUUGUGUAUAAAGGGGCGCCUCUAGAAAGAGCAAUCAAAGAAAAAUUCAAAACUGUGAUUUUUUCCCAUGGAUUUGGUGCAUCUCGAUUUGUUUGUUCAACUUUUUGUUGUGAACUCGCCUCUAGAGGUUUUGUCGUUGCCUCUGUCGAACAUAGAGAUAAUUCUGCAUGUGCCACAUAUUACUUUGAAUCGGAGGAAGCCAAAAAUAAUGACACAUGCACUUGGAUUCGUCAUAAAAAGCUGGAAGUUGGCCCUAAACAUUACGCUGAAAGGAGAACUCAAAUAGCAAUCCGAUCUAAAGAAUGCUCCCAAGCCUUAGAUUUACUCCACUCACUUAACUCUGACUCAGUGACCAAUAUCUUAGACUCAUCUACUUUUCUAAAUGAUUUUAAAGGGAGACUGGAUUUAUCUUCACCAACAAUUUCAGGUCACUCAUUUGGUGGAGCAACUUGUUUGCAGACUCUCUAUAAUGAUGAACGAUUUCAUCGAGGUGUAAUUUUAGAUUGCUGGAUGUUCCCACUGAAAGAUGAAACACAUAUCGUUGUCAAGCAACCUCUCUUGUUCCUUAAUUCACAAACGUUCCAUAUAAAACAGAAUUUAACGGCAAUGGAAAGGGUUAUAAAAGAACCUGCUGAUGCCAUUCGAUCUGUUUUCACUGUGAAGAACACAACUCAUGAAAGUCAAACAGAUACGCCUUUAGUCUGGGGUUAUUGGUUGGAUUUAUUCAUGAAGAAAUUAUCCCCUGAACUCGCUCUGCGGAUACAAAAUCAUCUAGCACUAGUUUUCUUGCACCAGCAAUUAGGUCCAGAUCCAAUCAAUGAUGUGGGAUCCAGUGAACGUUUCUUGAGUGAACACAAGAACGUCUUAGUUGAAGGUUUGGUCAACAGAUUUGCUCAGCCUGCUGUACACAAGUUUCACCCUUUAUUUUUGGUUCACUUUUUUAAUCCAUUUGCCACUAAACGUUAAAAAUUACGGAUGGUAUCUUUCAGCUAGCUUUCAGUCCAGUAAAAGGGUUUAUUGGCCAUUUUCUUCUGCAUUCUGUCCUUUUUCUUACAAAUGGUGAGCUUAAAGCCGUAUUGGAGCUGCUGGAUAUCCAUAGCCAAAGCACAAUAUUUGCCAGCUUAAUAUUGCUGAACUACGAACAGCACGCUUCAUUACUGAAGAAUGUUAUGGGUGAAAAACUGAAGGGAUUGUUUAGACGAAAUUAACAUAUCAGUUACGAAUGAUAACUUGCUAAAAAGAGUCUCUAGAGAUCUGGAUUUAUUUUGCAGUCUCUGUGUAUUGUUUAAAAUGUUGUGUGUGCCAAAAAAUCCAGUUUAAUUUUUUGUUUCAAUGCUCUUUUUCGAAGUCUUAAUAAUGUAUUCUCACCCUUUCAUCCAUAGAAUUCUCUCAGUUAUUUAGUUGGUCCAUAACAAUGGGUUUUGUAGAAGCCUGGUUUAUCUGGACUGAGUUUAACAGAAAUGACCGUAUUUAAAUUAAAAGGAACUAUAUCCAUUGUGACUUGAGCCCUGUCAUGCAUGUGUUAUUAAAGAUUUGAGGGCUCUCGUUAGAAUGGAUAUAUGUACAUAGUUCCUUUUGAUUUAAAUACAUUCAAAUGCACCUAGUUUCGAACCAAAAAAAAAGAAGUUCGUAGUUUUCCUCCACAAGGCUCAAUAUAAAGGACAAAGUUUAACCACUUUUUUCAUGUUGAAAACAUUUUUCCUCAACUUUGAAUUUUUGCCAAAAAAAUUUUCGUUUACUUGAACUAAUAACUACUCCCAACUCAUGUUUUCUGUAGUGUGACUUGGUGUGUCCCUGUUAAAUUUGGUCCAUGUGGUUCAAUACUUAUUAAUGUAAAGGGGCAAUGUAUGUACUUCCAUCAGCUUUUACAGCAAUCGCGAGAGCAUAUCUCAAUGGAGAAAUUAGAAGAAUGCAUAUCUCAACUCCUGCGUUUCAAAAUUCAGCCCUAUUGCUCGUUUUUCAAAAUGGAACUAAAUCAGCCACAGCCGUGCAUAAACUUUUGAGAUAUAAUUUGGAAACAUUUAAUAAUUGAUUGGAAAAUAAACUUUUUCUGAAAGUAA